UACAGCGACUGCGGUGGCAACGACAACCGGUUCCCAUCUCUCCAAGAGUGUCAGCAGACGUGUAUGGGGGUAGAACCCUACAGAGACCAUCACAACCACCACACCCGCCCCCUACACUGUCGCUCCUCCCACGACAAGUUCACUGGUUAUGACCGGAAGUGACAGAAUUCGCGAGGGGCAGGAACUCCGCCUGACCUGCCGAGCGGAGGGCCCCACGGUGCCGACCAACAUCGAGUGGUUCAUCAAUGGCAAGCGGAUCGGGCGCGAGCACGAGAACCUCUCCAUCCGCUCGUUCGCCUCUCCUAGCGAACACAGCUUCACCAGCGAGCUCAUCAUCGGCAGCAGCAGGCAGGAGGACAGCGCCACCUACUACUGCAGGAGCGCCCCCUACAGCAACGUCGAGAAGAAAACUGUCAUCGUCAGCACCGAUGUUGCACCUACUCAGCUGCCACCCACGCGGCCUACCACUCAGGCUCCAGUGCGCACGACUACAAAGCCACCUUCGCCGCAUGAUCCAAAAGUGGUGUGCACUCAGCCCCAGGAGUCCGGCCUGUGUAAAGGCUUUUUCCGCCGCUGGUACUACGAUGCAUCCUUCCGCGCAUGUCGACAGUUUGUUUACGGGGGCUGCGGCGGCAACAGCAACAACUUCGAGACUGAGCAUGACUGCCUGAAGUACUGCACUGACGAGGUGACCACAAUAGCUGGCCGAGGUAGACCUGACACCAAGGAGACUGAUGACGUGUGUCGACUGCCCGCCCUCACCGGUAGAUGUCGCGCCAGGCUGCAGCGGUGGUACUACGACGCGAGUUACGGAACUUGCCGACAGUUUGUAUAUGGCGGCUGUGAGGGCAACAGCAACAACUUCGAGUCCGAGGCUGCGUGUAACAACUAUUGUCGACAGGACGCAUCUAGUGGAGGUUCUAAACCAGAAGUAAGCCGACCCUCAACAGCUGAUCCCAACGAGGUGUGUCUGCAGCCUCGUGCUGUCGGCAGUUGUCGCGCCGCCUUGCCGCGCUGGUACUACGACUCGCGGGAGGGCGAGUGUCGCAGCUUCAACUACGGCGGCUGCGACGGCAACAGCAACAACUUCGACUCGCAGGAAGCCUGCAACAACUACUGCAAAUCAGAAGAGAUCUGUCAGCUGCCCAAAAAAGUAGGCCCAUGCCUCGCCAUCAAACCCAGUUUUUAUUACGACACUUCCGCUAGAGAUUGUCGAGAAUUCGGCUAUGGAGGCUGCGAGGGGAAUCUCAACAAUUUCGCCUCUCUUGAUGCGUGUCGGCGAAAAUGUGCGCCUCGAUCCAGCGCAGGGAAAACGAGAGAGGUGUGCAGCCUUGACCCUGACGGUGGCACCUGCAAAGGUUACAUCAUCGCUUGGUACUACGACAACAGCUUCCAGCGAUGCCAGCGCUUCAUCUACACCGGUUGCGGCGGCAACGGCAAUCGCUUCACCAUGGAGCAGGAGUGCAUGGACCUGUGCUCCGCGGUGCCCCCAGGCGGCGACACGUCCAGGGGUCGCGGCUCAGGGUCGACGUCACAGGGAGAUGUGUGCUCGCUGCCAAGUGACAGGGGUCCGUGCUCUAACUACUCCAUUUGGUGGCACUAUGACUCUGAGAGCAAACAGUGUCAGCGCUUUUACUACGGUGGUUGCCAGGGCAACGGGAACCGCUUUAGCUCCAGGGACGAGUGUGAGCAGCGGUGCUUGACUGGCGCAGCAAAGCCGCCAACAACCCGCCCUACGGCAGCACCCGCGACAACCACGCAGGCACCACGACACAACGUCUGCGACUACAGCCGUUACGGAUGCUGUGCUGACGGAGUGACGGUCGCCAGUGACCAGUACGGCACUAACUGCAUAGCAGAUGAAGGUAGGCGCGUGCUGGUCAACAGAGGAAGCCAGGCUGUCCUGGACUGCUACCACCCGGGCCGCGCCAUCAGCUGGUACCGCGAUGGGUAUUACCUGGUGUCGGACAGCCGAUUCAACAUCCACAACAACGGCACGCUCGUCGUACGAAACAUCGCCGACGAUGUGGUGGGCACCUACGCCUGUCGCAUCAGUGACGGUAACACAGUGCCACAGGUGGAGCGCUACUCACUGCAGCUGAAAGCAUCGUUUCCAUCAUAUGGGUCCUCAGUGCCGCUGAGCAUUCUGCAGACUCCGCCCAACGUGCGUGUGGAGCCAGGUGACAACGCCUUACCUGCACUGCCAGGCCCUGGGCAACCCGCGACCUCGCGUGACCUGGACCUUCCAAGGGACGCCGGUGUCCAGCGGGGGCCGAAUCAUCGUCUUUAACAACGGCACGCUAGGGGUCACGCGGACGACCCUGGAGGACAGCGGACAGUACCAGUGCACGGCGGACAACGGCGUCGACACUCCCAUCACCAGGAGGACGAUGCUGAACGUGAAGGCGAGUCUGACGGCAGACAUUCGACCUCACUCAGGUAGCGUGUUAGAAGGGGAGACUGCUUACCUGCACUGUGAUGUCAAGGGCUACCCGGCGCCUCCGUGCACUGGGAGAAGGACAGUGUCAUGGUAACAGAUUCGAGCAAGAUGUACGUGCAAGGCAACGCACUGGUCAUCACGAGGGUGGGAAUAGAGGAUGCAGGUCUCUAUGCCUGCGUCGCUACCAACCCGACUGGAAAAGCCAAGGAUGUCACUACUGUUCAAGUGAAACUUCAAAAUCACAGAGAUCAGUGUAGCAACUCUAUGAGUGUGAUGAAGUGUCGCCUCAUUGUCACCGCCCGGCUCUGUGGUCACCGCAUGUUCGCGCGGAAAUGUUGUCAGUCUUGUCGUCAGGCAGGCUUGCUUUGAGAGCCGUGUAAUUACCUGUAGGAGUCGCCAUUACUCCCUGACAAAAAAACAAAACAAAACAAAAACAAAAACACAGUGUCCAUGUUGGAGUGUCCUGUUCAUAUCAUUUUUAAAUGAGGGUGUGCAUGUGUCAAGCAGUCUGGGGCUCCGGCAUCAGUAGAAGUGGCGUCAUUCCCAUCCACUGAGAUCGAGAUCUCGCUUAAAGCUUUGUGUUUUUAUUUUUGUUUUUGUGACUAACGGGAUGAAUUGUGACACAUGACCACAACAUUUGCUGUGACAGGUGUUCUCUUAAACUUGAUGAUUUAUUCCCCAAAAUGUUUUUUCCUCGUAAGUAGACUUUAAAAUAUCUAUUGUCUUUUACUUAAAUUUUUAUCAUUUUCGGCAAAAUCAUGUUGGCAUGGUGCAGGUAAUUGUUCUCUGCUGUUUUUUUCCGUGCGUACAUUUUGCAAAAGAAACAACAAGUAAAAAAAAAGCACAUUAAAUAAUUAUAUUAGCAACGUUUCUCACCUUGAUAGUUUUUCGAGUAAAUAAAUAGCAGGACUAAAUUUGAAGUAACUAUAUUUUCAAGGAAACUAAACAUUAAUAUGAUUUUUUAAAUUAACCAGAGUAUAUCCGAUUGUGUUACAGCUUCCAAACAUUGCUCAGGUAGCCAAGCGAAAUAAGGGACAUGACUCAUUCCUUAACUUUUAAAACGGUGAUGUGUGAUGGCCUCCCUUAGUACUGCGCUCUGUACAGUGUAUUAAUAACAUUUUGAGUGUGAGUUAUGAAAACCAUUAAAAGAUGUGCUUGGGACCUGGGUUUCUUUCUUGAGCGAAUAUAUUUCAGUUAGUAAUAUCUUCAUCCCUCCAGUCCCUUUAUACAGAUGUAACUUGAAAUAGUCAGAAAUCUAUGUACAAAACAAAAAUAUCUGUAUAGCAAGCAGAAAGCAACAUUUAGUUUUAAGGUUUGGGGUCAACUGGAGUUUACUGAAUUGCUCUAUAAAAGCACUUUUAUACCUAUUAUUAAUAGUAAUUACUCUGAGAAUACUGGUUCCUUUUUUUCAUAUUAUUGCAAAUUAAUACAUAUAAACCUAGCAUAAAACAACAUUUUGUAGAGUGAAUAAAUUUUUAUUGCCCCCAAACAUACCUACUUAGAGUGUAAAUGUAUAUACAGUACUGCAAUGUCACAGAGAGGCAGAUUCAAGAGAAGAAUGAAAAAUACAUUAUCUGGCUCCUUGUCUGUCUCUUUUGAUUUUUUUUUUUUUUUUAUCAAACAUGAACAGGGCCAUCACUCUGCUUGAUACAGUUUUCUUCCAGCUAUGGUGCUAAUUCAUCCAGUACUUUGCAUUCUCUGCAAAAAGCCAUCUUCUAAACAUUUUGCAUCAAAAUUAGCGCUUUUGAAAUUAUUUUUUGUAACAGAAAAGUGACAUAAAAUAAUUACUUCAGCAUCAUUCAUGACUUUUAAUUUCUUAGACCUCAACUAGCUACAAUCUCCUGAUCUCUCUAUUUCUUAGUGAAAAACAUACCAUUGUUGUCUGAAAUAGGGGGAAAUUUCUAGUUCACUGUCUAAAUAUUAUUUAAACUGUUGGGCCCACAUUCCAUUCAGAACUUUUCAGUGAAUUUUAUUGCUUUUGAUAUGUUGUUUGAGUAUUCUCUCAUGCAAGUAAACUUUUUAAAAUGUUUUCAUUAUAGGUACACAAUUGUCAGAAUUUAUCAAUUUAUAAUAAAAAUUAUUUUAACAAAUAUGAUCUUAAUAACGGAUAACAACAACUAGAACAACAAAAAUCAGUUGCAGCAGUUGGAUUAUGGCUGUGUUAAAUAGGAACCUUUUUACUUUGUGGAUCCAACAAUUUGGAAUGUGUUGUCUCUCUCCCUUCAUCUUUAUUUCCAAUGUUCAUGCCAUUUUUAUAAACACUUUUCCUCAUCAAUUUCUCUUAAAACGGUGGAUACACCCCGUCUUCUUACUCUGCCUUGCCUGCUUUGUCAUCUUGAUUUUCUUUCUUAUUUAUGUUUAUUUUUUCAAACAUGCCUUGUUUUUCACCCCUUUACUAUGUGUGAAGAUUCCAUUGUGAUAGACAGGCAUGUAUAAUAAUCAUCUUCUUCUUACAUUUAAGGAGAUCUUAUUUUAAAAGUACUUAGUGAAAAAAAUUAGAAUACUUUUUAGCUUCUUGUAAGUAGCUUGAAAUGGCUCAUCACUUUGAACUAGGUGUUUCCUCAAGAUUUUCAGCGAAAAGGAGUAGAUUUUUUUUUAAAUUUACUGUUUUACUGUUAACAAGCUUCUAAUACAGAAUAAUGUUCCUUGCAGUCUAGUGAAGCACUCAUCCUAAGUUUUGCAUUUAGUUUGUAAGGGAUAGAUCUUUCAGUUUCUAUGCUCCACAUUGAGAAUUAUGUUGGCUGUAUUUUGCAAUUUAUAUAUUAUUCCACCAACUGUUCAUUUUGGUUAAUACACCAUUUAUUUUAUAAGGAUGCUUAGAGUAUUUGAAGUAUUUAAUGAUCAAUUUGGUUAUAUAUUAUGUUCUGCAAAGUUAUCAGAAUGAUUAAAAUCAUUAUUUUCAGUAUGCUUACCAGUCUAGACUGAAUUCACAAGUGUAUUCUGCUUUUACUGCAUAAUUAGCACAGAUUUUGUUCUCUAAAGAAUGAAGUAUGAAGUUUGAGCCAAUUUAGGAGGUUAAUCUCCAGUAAUGCAUGUUCUCAAUGAAAGCCUUCGGGGAUAAAAGCUUAAAAGAAGAGCAGCAUUUUUCACUUGCUUCAUCUCAGCUUUAACAUACUGUCAUGGUCUGCAGUGCUUUGUAAGUUGAAUGCUGUUUAAAUGGUGCUGGCAGGCAUUUAUGUUUUAACUCUGGACUUUUAAUGCUUCAAACAAAGGCGGUUGUGCAAAAUAAUAUAUUUUGGUUAAUAAUUUUAAAGGAGUCAUUAAAACCAUUGUUAUGUUUAAUUAAUAAGGUUUUCUCUGUUCUAUUCAAUGAAAACAUUUAAGUUUGUUUGUUCCAUGACACUCAAAUAUUUUAGUAAUGCAAGAGGAACAGCUGGGACACACACACACACAGAGAGAAGCUAAUUUAGGAUCAAACUCUCACUUUAAAUUGUAGUUUUCAUACACUUUUAAAAGUAUUAAUUUGUAGUGAAAGCUACAUUCUUUAUUUCAUAACAAGUAACUAGGUAUGAAAGGAACUGCUUAGACCAUGAUAAUUUACACAGUUUGAAGACCCUUGCUUUAAUGAAAUGGGCAUGCAUAGCAGCGUAGGUGUUGUGAGAUUCGCUGCCCAUCAGCUGUGGAAUAAAUGGUAACAAAGAAAAUACUCAACAGAAAAAGGUUGCAUCUUGAGCGUAUACUUCAUGCGGGUCUUUGGAACUCAGUAUAUUUACAACAGCUAAUAGGUAGUGCUGUCUGUAUACAGUUAAUGAUGAUGUGCUACGAAUCAUCAGGCUCAUGCUUGAAAUGUAUACCUUGUUAACAUUAAUUUAAUCUUUAAAUGCACCCAAGAUGCAUAAUGACGAGAAAGUUACGAUUGUAGGUGGAUGUGUUUUGUAAGAAUGAAGCCCUAAUCUGAAGUAAACAUUACUACACCUCUCAUAGUUCAAGACAUACUGAAAUAAUCUCUUAUGCUUCAACCAUAAUGAUGAAUGAAAUUUUUAUAUGCUUUUUUAAUUGCUCUAAAUUCAUGUUUUUUAACUUUAUUAUUUAUUGUAUAUCUGUUGCAGCAUUCGUUGCAUUUUCCUGUUGUUUCGUGACUUUGCAUUGUUACAUAUUAAAUUUCUUUACAAUUAAAGAUCAUCUAAAAAUGCUCUUAGAUUAUUUUACAUGAUUUAAAAUGUCUUGCCUAAGAUGAUGUACCUAAUUCUUUGUAUGAUUAAACCAAAUUUAAUUAAUAAUUUUAAUGUGUGUUCCUAAUAUUUCUAAUUAUUAUGCUGAAACCUCUGUUUAGUACAUAUGCAGUUACGCAAAUUAGCAUACUAAAGCUGAAAUAAAUUUAUAUAAUUUA